AAUUUUUUAUUUGUACAAAGUUUAUCGAGCGCGGUGAUAUAUGACUUAUAGUAAACUUUCUCGUGACCUGUCUAUUCAUCUAUCGACUCAGUCUCGUUGAUUUUGCGUAACACAAUCGAGCGCAGUGCAUCGGAUGGUUUGAUCAGCUGUAAAUCCGAGGGUCAAAAUGAAGGAGAAACAACGAGAUAUGCGGAUCACGUAUUCAGCCCUGACAUUUUUGGCGAUCUUGAGCCAAACGAUCGCCGCCGAAAGGGUGUCCGCGAAUUUGCCCGCCAAUCAUAAGUCAUCCGAUUCGAUCGACGAGGGAAACUUCAAGCCGAGCGUCAACAACACUUUGCUUAAAAUGGAGGCCAGAAUCGACGUGGGGGACGGACUCGAUCUGAUGCAGUUCGAAGACAACGAGAAUCUCCUGAAACCCGUCUCGCAAGUUGCCCAUAAAAGCGGCGUUUCUUACGUAACGGCGAUAUCAGCGCCGAGGAUCUCCGCCUCGAACCCAUCAUCUUCCCAAACUUCACCGAGCGCAGAACGACGGAGUCAACAACUCACCGCGAUCGAAAAAAAAUCGACUCCAGUUUCCGCUGUCCUACCGGAAAUCAGGGGUCUUCGCACGACGAAAAUAUCCGGCAAGGACAGCUACUUGGACGCUCUCGAACACUCCCACACCAGCAAAGACCAGAAGGAAGGGAUCGUUCACAGCGACGUCAGACCAAAAGUGCCGAAAAUAUUUCGCAGGGAUUACCACGAGGGUCCCGUUUACCGUCCUCUGGAUUCCGACCGGUACAACCCGCCGUCUACCAAUCCCGCUUCCGCUUACGGGGCCCCCAGUUACGAGGGUCCCACCGCCCCGGCUCCGACUCAACCCACUUUCUUUCCAACCCCUAGUAACUCGUUCUCGCUGCCGGAACAAUCUUCGUUCGAAAGUUUCUCACCCUCCACGGGUUACGGUACACCGCAGUCGGGUUAUGAAAGCCCGCAACCCACUUACGGGACCCCCAAACCUUCCUACGGAAUUCCGCAGCAGUCGUACGGUCCCCCUCAAAUUCCUCAGAGUAAUUACGGACCGCCGUCACCCGCCUACGGAGUCCCCCAUACGCAAAAUGUUUACGGGAUGACUGCAGCCGGCGGAUACGCACCUCUUCAGGGUCCGCAGCAAGGUGAGACAAGAGGCUACGGUCCUCCAUCCCCCUACGCCUUACCAGGGUUGCCGAGUCUGCCUACCCUCCCGAUGAUCGACUUUACCUGGCCCUUUGCUCUGAAGUUGAACGCCUUCACGAUAGCAAAGAUUCUGUUGAAGCUAGUCAUCUUUAAGAUGAUCGUUAAGUUUAUCGCGGUGAUUUGUCUGCUUUUGUUUAUCCCGAAAUUAGAGAUCGGCAAGAAGGAUAGCGAAAAGAACGACGAUGACGAAGAAGGCAGAGCAUUCCAGCCGUCAAGCGGAGCAACCGAUCGACUGAAUUUUCUCACUUCCAUGGUGACGAAGGCGAUUGAAAAACAACGAGGUAGAAACCUGAAGACCGGCGCCCCGAAGGACGAGUGCGACUCCUUCGUCUGUCGUUUGAGAGAUGCUCUCACUUCCGGCGAGUCGUGGAGCGACUAUUUCCGUUUGUUCAAGAGCUUCGCCGUUGAGGAGAUGCAAAAAAUUUCUGCCGACCAAUCCGCCGAACGCGAGAUGAAAAAUUCGUGACCGAUCGAUCGGAUGCAUUCGUGGACCAAUCGUAGAGCACUCGUGAUGAUCUGAUUUCUACCGAAACUCUCUGAUCGUACCGUUUGGACCGAAAAAUGAUCACAACAAUCGUCCGAUCGGGGUUGAGGGCAAUGCGAACGAAAUUUUAAGGCCUUAACUUAUUUAUUUAUUUAUUUAUUUAUUUAUUUAUCUAUUUGUUUAAUAAAUUCGUCUUUUUUAUUGUGAA